AUGGAGCCAACUCUCCAAAGCCCUCUCUUCACCCGCCAGAUCGUCCUGGCCAUGCGCGCUCUAUACCCCGAGGAACUCGCGGACCGCACAUGGGACAAUGUUGGCCUGCUCCUAGAAAACAUCGACCCUCCUGAAGGCAGGGUCCCUAAGCGGGUGCUGCUCACCAACGACCUGACCCUGCGCGUUGCUGAGGAGGCCAUUUCCAAAAACGUGUCUGUCAUUGUGAGCUACCACCCCUUCAUCUUCCGCGGCCUCAAGUCCAUCACCCUGAACGACCCCCAUCAAAGCAUCGUCCUGCGCUUGGCCCAAAACAACAUCGCCGUCUACAGUCCCCACACCGCUCUGGACGCCGCCCCGGGCGGGAUCAACGACUGGCUCGCCGACAUCCUCGAUGGUAUCAGAGAUAUCUCUACAUACCGGUCCGUUGUCCAGCCGAUUCGGGGCACGGUCCCAGCAGGCUUCGAGGGCGCAGGUUACGGACGCUUAGUUCGAUUCAACGGGCCUGUCGCCUUCGAGAAGCUUGCUACGGAGUUUGCCAUCAAGUUCGGUAUGUCGUCCGUCAUGGUGGCACGGCCGGGCCCGGCGGCGACGACAUCGCAUGAGAUCCGCACCGUCGCGUUGUGUGCUGGGUCCGGGUACGACGUGCUCAAAGACGUCGAUGCAGAUCUUUAUGUAACCGGAGAAAUGACGCAUCACAACGCGUUGCGCCUAACAAUGCUGGGCAAGUACGUCCUGACUGUGUUCCACAGCAACUCCGAGCGGGGAUUCUUGAGGGAUGUAUUGCAAGGGCAGCUGCAGAGGGCCCUGGUGCGGGAGGCCGAGGUGUUGGUCAGCGAAGAAGACAAGGAUCCAUUUGAGAUAUGGACGCCGGAAACAAGCGCUUGA